AUAUUUAAAUAGCAUUGCAAACGAGUAGUAAAAUAAUUUCUUAUCAUUAUGAAGUAGUAAAAUAAUAAGUUAACGUUUUCAUUUUUUUAUCUUUUAAUAAACAAAAUACAAUCUCCAAUCGCAAGUAUGACGCAGGACCAAAACUUUACCAAACCGUUUCUCUAAGCAAUUAUCCGACAAAAGCUCUCCGCUAGACUUUUUUGUCGGAAACGAGCGUUAGCUGUAUGGUUCGGAAACCGACUAAAGUGAGAUUUUGUCGGAUAGGCGUGGGGCAGGUUUUGUUUAAUUGUUUUUUCCGUUUUAAAACAACAAGCAUAACUGUGUUCGAUGUGAUAAGAAACUGUAAGCUAUCUGUUGCAAGCUGUAUGAGCAUGAGAUGGGAAAGAGGAGGAGAAAAUACUGUCAACUCACAUACAGAAGGAAGGGGCACAAACUUUUUUAUUCGCGACAUCCUGAGCUGUAAAAAAACGUUCAACAAAAACUAAACAAACGGACAAUUGACGGCGGCAACGGAAGAUUAAGCGCGACAGUGGUUGCGUUUAAUUGGUAAUCGGUAAUGAGCAAGGGUGGUUGAAACGAUCUGGACCGAGUUGCCGGUGGUCAGUCAAGAGCUGGUACUCUUUGAAGUAAGACAUGGUGAGGUGAAUCUUCUAAUCUACAGAGUAACGUAUAAUCGUUUCUAGUAAUUCAAUAAAGUUGCUCUACUAUCGGGAGCUUUUUUCCUUCGGAGAUUACAUUAGGAGAUUAUUCUCGUGCAUGUUUGCGUACUUUAAAGUUAAUGUACUUUGAUCCAACCCUGUGUUAAUGUGUACGAAAGACAUCGUCAAUUAGCGUACUAUUGUGGAUGCUUCGACGUUGUAGCUGUUUACCUAUUCGGUUCUGUUAGUCCACAGGGAUGGUCUUUAUUCACUAAGUGCAAUUGAUGUAUCAUCGUGCGCAGUAACAUUGUCGAACAGUGCAAGAUACCAGCCAAGGUGUUAUAUCGGUACUAGUUCAGCCUUGAAGAGACAUCAAUCACUCAUCUGCCCGUUAUCACCAUGUGGAUCAGUGGUAUUGCAUUUCUGCGAAACAAAUGCCAAUAUUUGGCAGCUAUUUUGGCUAACCUGUCUAUCGUCUGUACUGGCUGUGCAAUGGGUUGGACAUCUCCGGUCGAAUCAAAGCUUAGCCAUCUGAAGCACUCACCUUUGUCCACAGUGCCGUCAGAUACAGAAUUCUCUUGGAUUGGGUCGAUACUAGCAUUGGGCUCGUUAGCUGGACCUCCCCUGGCAGGCUAUAUCGCACAUCGUUUCGGGCGGAAAAUGGCCCUGCUUAGCAGCGGUGUACAGUUUGCCAUAGCUUUCAUCCUUUUCGUAACAGCCCGCACCGUGGCACAGAUUCUGGUCGGACGAUUUCUACAGGGAUGUGCAAUCGGAUUUGCACUUGGUAUCACACCGCUGUACGUGUGUGAAAUAGCAACCGCACAAAGACGUGGCGCACUCGGCUCAUUACUGCAGGUUUCGAUAACUCUCGGCAUGCUAAUGGUGUACAGCAUCGGUCCGUACGUUAGCUAUGCCGCCAUGCAAUACAUUUUGUUUGCUGUACCAGUGCUGUUCUGUAUCGCGUUUAGUCAGAUGCCGGAAACACCACACUACUACGUCGCCCAUGGACGUUAUGCGGAUGCAUCCCGCUCGCUAGAGUACUUACGCGGCGAAUCGAUCGAAGAGCUGCAGGACGAGUUCGGCUCGAUUCAACGAUCGGUAGAGGAUUCGAUUCGCAACCGAGCCACCCUCGGGGAGCUGUUCCGCGGUCAUGCCAACCGGCGAGCCCUGUUUAUCUGCACCGGCAUUAUAGUGCUGCAGCAACUGUCCGGCAUUAAUCCGGUGCAGUUCUACACGCAAACCAUCUUCGAAAAGACGGGAUCAUCGGUCAAACCCGAGGUGGCCAGCAUUAUCAUCGGUAGCGUGCAGGUGGUAGCAAGCAUGAUAACAGUCCUAACCUUGGACAAGCUUGGGCGCCGCCCGUACCUACUAAUCUCAUCCGGUGGCAUGUGCUGUGCGUUGGUUGCCCUCGGGACGUACUUCUAUCUGGAGACGCAGCGCGUCUCUAGCGGAAUCUCGCUUGACCGACUCGCCUUUCUACCCGUACUGUCGCUGGUCGUGUUCACAUCAUCGUUCUGUGUCGGAUUCGGUCCGAUCGCGUGGCUUCUGAUUGGUGAAAUGUUUGCGCCCAACAUCAAAUCAUUCGCAUCGUCGAUCGUUUCCAUCACCUGCUGGGGUGUUGCCUUCUUCGUCUUGUUCUACUUCAGCUCAUUAGACGCGGCCAUCGGAACGCACUGGUUGUUCUGGACCUUCGCCAUCUGCACUGCCGUUGCAUUCCUGUUUACCUACCUGUUUGUGAUCGAGACGAAGGGCAUGUCCCUGCCGGAAAUCCAAGCGCAGCUUAACGAAACCGCUCCAGUAAUAAUAAAUGAUAAGGCCUGAAGGUGCUGGCGGCUUUUCGUUGAUUGCUGCAUUCGCUUUCGGCUUUGUGAAGAUGCGGAUUAAGGACACUUGGCGAUUAUCGGCAUCGUCAAAGAUUUGUUCCUAAGUACUUCGUCGAGUAGUAACUGAAGUAUAUGUCUAAGUAGCGCCAAUUACCGCAGAGUGGUUGAGAUAGUGAAAGUUGUUUCCGGUGACAUUAUUUCAGUGGAUUAGCUUCAACCGGAUAGUCACGAGUCGCAAUCCUAACACUUCCAUAUCAAGGAUCUUGUUAUAAAAGCACUUGUUUAGGGUACUACAAUUAUUCUCCGUACUAAGAAAUAAAUUGUUACUAAAUGGGAUCUCAACGAUUGGUUCAUUUUCGUCGAUUACAACAAUUUAUUGUAGUUGUUGUGCGGAUACCUUUUGGGAGCAAUAGUCAGUUAGUUCAACCUCUACAUUAGGGCAGGUCCAAAAAAAAUUCAAACUACUUCAAACUUCCGACACAAACACACAUUAGCUUGCACCGGAGGCGAUCAUUAUUCUAGUGGAUUAAACAAAUUAUGUUAAUAUACAGUUGAAAAUAUACAUUGAA